AUGCUAAAAGAGAAACAAAAUUUAUAUGUUCAUUUGAAUAUUGUAUUCAGUAAAAUCUUAUUGGAUAAUCCAAACAUAUUAAUAAAUAUUGAAUAAUAGAAUGCUGUUGAAUUAUUUGAAGAUUACUCCAUUUAAGUUAAAUCAAAUGGAUAUAAAUUUGAAAAAUACAAUGAAUUUUAUAGAUCAAAAGUAUAUAAGGAUUCAAAUAGACAAUAAACAACAUUGACAAUUGUAAAUAAAAUAAAUCUUGGAACUGAUGAAGAACCUUAAGAAACUAAUUCAACUGGAUAUUUACCUAAUUUAAUUGAAGAAUCUUAUUUAUAUGAAUGGGCAGGUAUUGGAAUUCAUGAAAAUUAUAAAAUAUUAAAAGCAUUAACAUUAUUAUCUGUUAUUAAAUCAGUAUUUAAACUAAGAUUUUUUGGGGUAAAAUCAUGGGUAGAUAAAACGAUUAUCAUAUUGCUGAAGGAUUAGCUUAUAGUCCAGUUGAGAUGGAGAAUUACUACCUGAUGUUAAACCUAGAGGAUGUGGAAUUAAUACUAAAUCUUAUUGGGCACGCACAGACAUCUGAAAUGAUAAGGAUUUGGUUGAAUUACCAUUGAUUACACUAUAAUAAAUCAAUAUUUCAUAACAAAUUACAUAUAUGUUUACAGGUAAUCUAGAAGCUGAUGUCUUAAUAAUCCUUAUUUCUUUGGAAAGAAAAACAUUUAUUAAAAGCCUAAAUUGUUAGAAUUACUUAAUCAACUGUCAUUAAUCCUAAAUAUUAAUAUA